AUGGAUUCUGCAGGGUCUGGGUGUGGGCCGCAUUAUGACCUCGCUGGUGAUGCUGGCUCUGGAAAGCGCUGGUGUCACAAAGGGGUCUUGCGCAGCUCUCCUAUAAAAGCUGGGCAGCCGCCCCCAGCCCUCAGCCAGAACCACCAUGGCCCGCUACCGCCGGCGCUCCCGCAGGAGCCGCAGCCGGAGCCGCAGCCGCCGCCGUUCCCGCCGCCGAGGCGCGCGGAGGAGGCGGCGGGCUGGAUCCCGCCGCUCCAGAUACCGCCGGCGCCGCCGGGGCGGCAGGAGGCGCAGGCGCCGCUGAGCCAAGCUCAGGGCCUCGGCCUUAUAGAGCCAGAGCAACCAGAGCGCGGCCCUGACGUGGGCCUGGCUCUGCCAAUAAAGCACAGCAAGCUCCCAUCAUAUGAGGGUGUCAAUGGUCCCUGGUGUCCUUUUGCGCCGGCAGCGACUCGCUCAGGGUGUGCCCGGGCCCGCGUCUCUGCUCGUCCGGGCUUUUCCUGGCUCGGGAGAGCCCCCUGGACCUCACUCGGGAGUGCUCUGCUGGGGAUCGGGCCUCUCACAACCGGGACCCUGUGCUGUGAGUGCAUCCCUUGGGACCCAGACCACUCCAAAGCUUUGUCUUCACCUGUGCCAAGAGUGACACGUGAGACACGUUUCUGCCAGUUCAGCAUGUGCAGAGCUGAACUUCCAGUGCCCUUUCUGUUCGAAGCCUUCCGGAGGCAAAAAGGGGGCUGGGGUGAGGGGGAAUGUCAGCAAGUGGCAGCUUAAGUAUUCAAGAAAAGAAAGGACCAGAAAAAAAGUAGCUUCAGCUAUGAUGGUUACAACAGGCAGUCGAAAGAUUCUUGAGAGAUGAGUUGUUGGAACCUUGCAUGUCUCCCUACAAUACUCCUAUUUUACCAAUCAGAAAGUCAGAUGAGACUUACAGAUUACUUCAAGAUUUAAAAAACUUGAAUAAGCUCGUCCAUAGUAAAAUGAGCAAGACAACGACUUGGGCGUGUACAAGGAAGAAACAGUGUAACACAGGAAAAAAGAACCGUUUCCAAAUCCCAGUGUGGGAGAGAAAAAGACAGGCGCCCAUCCCUGGAGGCACAAGAGACCGCGCAAGAUGGGCAGCCGGGACUGCAGCCACACACAAGAUGGUGCCUGGAGCUGGAGGCGCCCCCCAGGGCCAUCCCUGGUCUCUCCCUCCCCAGCCCUGGCCCCGGAGCAGCAGAGGGCAGGCGGAGCCCCCACUUUCAGCCCCCUGUUUAGAUGGACAGUAAUGAACAACGGGCUGAUCGAUCCAGUUUUGCAUCUUUGG